UUGAAUUAUAAAUAGUAUAUAGAAUCCUUCUUUCAAACUGAUCUUGCAAUACAUGAUUAUAAUAGUAUCUUAUUGAAGGUACAAACUAGACAUUUAAUUUGUUUGUUGUUAAUUUGAAUAUUCAAGGGUUUGGAAAACUUUCAAUAAGAAUUCUUACGUUCAUUGAUCUAUUCAUUCAUUCAUUCAUUCUUUUAUUUCAUUCGUUCAUCAAUAUUCACCAUAAAUCUAUAAAUAAACCAACGUAAUCAUGGGUAGAGCUACGAUAAAGUCAGGUACAAUCAAUCUUUUAAACACUAUCAUAGGAGCCGGUAUCCUUGCCAUGCCAUUUGGAUUGAAAAGUAAUGGGUUAGUAUUUGGAUGUGUAUUGAUUGUAUGGUCAUCUUUAACUUCAUCAUUUGGAUUAUAUUUACAGAAUAAAGUAGCUAAAUAUACUCAACAACAAGGGGCUGUUUCCUAUUUCAGUCUUGCUCAAUUGACGUAUCCUCAAUUAUCAAUUUUAUUCGAUUCCGCCAUAUCAAUUAAAUGUUUCGGAGUUGGGGUUAGUUAUUUAGUCGUGAUUGGGGAUUUAAUGCCAAAGAUUAUGGAAAGUAUAAAUGUCGAUCCUGAAUCAUUACUCAUGCAAAGAAACUUGUGGAUUACGAUAUUCAUGGUGGCUCUUGUGGUUCCUUUAUCAUAUUUGAAGAAAUUAGAUUCAUUGAAAUAUACUUCGGUAGUGGCAUUGUUUUCGAUCCUUUAUUUAAUAUGUCUUGUGAUUGAACAUUAUGUUGCUAAUGAUAUCCCAAUUGAAAAUAAAAAUAUCGAAAUCUUUGGUCCAAUCUCUUUAAAAGAUACUUUAAAAUCAUUCCCAAUUUUCGUUUUCGCUUAUACUUGUCAUCAAAAUAUGUUUGCUAUAAUCAAUGAAUUAAAACCAAGUGAUACUGAUGGAUCUCAAACUAGACAAUCCAAUUUAAUCAUUAGAAAUGCCUUAACUACUGCUUGUUCGUCUUAUUUAGUAGUAGGGAUCAUUGGUUAUUUAAGUUUUGGUGCCACUGCAAAUGGUAAUAUUAUCACCAUGUAUCCAAAAGAUUCAAUUCUGUCGUUGAUUGGUCGUCUUUGUAUUGUGGUAAUGGUUGCCUUUUCAUUCCCCUUACAGUGUCAUCCAUGUCGUGGAUCCAUCAAUCAUGUGAUCCAUUUCGUAACGGUGGGUAUCAGUACUUCAAAAGUUAGACAAUCUCAACAAAGAGAAGGUUAUACUUCAUUACAAUCCGAUAUAGAAUCAUUGAAUUCAAUCUCCGCCGAAUCAGUUCAAGAUGAAUCAUUCAUUUCUACUACUCCAAUGGAAGGAGCUCAAGAUACUGAUGGUCAUGAUCCAAUCAUUGUUCCAUUAACCUCCAAGAGAUUUUAUAUCAUAACGACCGUAAUUGUGGUUGCUUCAUAUUUAGUAGCUAUAACAGUCACUUCAUUAGAACAUGUGCUUGCCUUUGUAGGUUCAACUGGUUCUACCUCAAUUUCUUUCAUCUUACCUGGAUUAUUUGGUUAUAUGUUGAUCAAACCAAUUAAUGGAGCUUCUAAAUUAAAUAAAAUUGAACUUUUUAGUAAGUAUGGUGGAUUGGCUUUAUCUAUUUGGGGUGUGAUCGUUAUGAUUGUAUGUUUGAGUGCUACGUUGUUCUUGGGUGCUACCCAUUAGAGAAACUAUUUAAAAUCUCAAUAUAGUUGUAUAUUAUAUAUUUAAAAAAAGAA